ACGUAAACACAGUAAGAAGUCGGGCUUGCGAAACGAUGUGCGAAUGUUCGCUGCUAGACUGUUGGACCAUUUUGACAUAAACUGAUGCUUAGACGAAGAAUAUAUAAAAGCCAAAGAAAAUGUCUGUCAGCGAUCCACUUCUCAAAACCCUGAAAGCUUACAUAUUGGAAUUCCGCUCCAAAAAGUUGGAUGUGCGUGAUGGCAGUGUGAAGCUGGAGGGGUUUUGUGAGACAUUGGAAAAAAUAUUUCGAAAAGGUCUCAGAAAUCCUGGUCGAUGGAUUGGCAACAAGAAAGACUACUGGAGCUGGAUAUCCAGCCUGCUGAACCAGUGCCCAGAACAAAGAAUUAACCCAACAUUUUCACUGGUCAUUUCUGCAACAAAAGAUUGUAAGAAGACUAUGACCUUACAGGGACAAGGUCGACUCUUCCUACGUGGGGCUCUGGUGAAGAAAGUGCUGAGUGUCCCCAUAGAUAUCCUGCUGAAGUCUGGAGACCUGGCUGAGUCCUGGUAUGAGCCUGGCAAUUCUAUUAUCGGAGAUGAAAUUCUCAGAGAAAUUUUGAUGUCAUUACUAUUUGAAGUCACAGAGGUCAACUUUUUACUUAAUUUAAAGAAUGCCAGUUUCCUGGAUGAAACCUGGAAAAUCCCUAGGUACAGGCAAUAUGAGUUUGUUCCAACAAAGGAUCUAGGAAUUCAUUUUCAGUACGUGAAGGGUCGGGCUGUGGUCCUGGCCGUGGAGGAGGGCAGUGUGGCAGAAGAGGAUGGUAAGGUGGUGUCCGGAGAUGUACUUGAUGAUAUGUAUGGCUACUGCCUCAAGUGGGGGAAGAAAGGAAAACUACAAGCUUUGUUAAGGCAGAAUCAGGGAUGGCCAAUAUACAUGGGAGUUGUAAAGUGUCGGGACCGAUACGGCUGUUACUACGAGCCAGUUGUCAAUCUACUAAGGGAGGCAGAUCUGGACGUGAGAUCUCUCAAGGAAGUGGUGAAGAUGGCUGAUGAAAAAGAGGCUCAGCGAGAUGAGGAGGAGCGUGUUCCACCUCAUGCCCUCCUACCCGAGGAUGAAUGUGAUGAAAUUCCGGUCCACGGGCCAGAUGGACGUGCUGUUUACCAGGCCAAGUAUAUUGGUCAGCAGGCACUGGGAGCGGAUGGACGUGUACACCGCAUUGAAGAUACUGUACUUAAUGUGUCCAAAAGUAGUGGCAGAGAUAAACUGCCCGUGACGGUGGAGCUGACAGAAACAGAGGUGAUCGUGACUUCCAGGAAAGACAAGAAGGUCCUGUUCAAACAUUCCUACACAGAAAUCUCUGCCUGUGGGAGACGAACAGAUCACCUACUCAAUUUUGCAUACAUUGCGGGAGAAACUACAUGUUCACUGGCCCGACAUUUUGUGUGUUAUGUAUUUGAAGGCAUUUCAGAUGAGGAGGCAAAGACGAUAUUGUGCACAAUCGCUCAAGGCUUCGAGAGAACUCAGUGGUUUUUAUAAGUCGUCCUCUACCAGCCGCAUUAAGUGUCACGUCCGUGGUACAGUGCUCCAGAUGCGCUGACUGUAUCUAAGAACAACUUUGCCCAGAGUUAUAUUUGUAGCUAACCAGCCUAUGUACAAGAUACCAUCAUGCAGUAUUUUUAUUGCUGCAUGCUUACCAAUACACCAGUGAUUUGGGGACCUUAUCGCUUUCAGUUCAAGCUCCACAUUCUUCUUUCUUUCAGUUCAAGUUUUACUGUGGACUGAAGGUUGAAUUGCAGAGAGCUUGUUUUUUUUAGUUCUGUUAUUGUCCCAUGCAUUCAUGGGUUUUUGUCUUCCUGCCAUGUCUUGUGACUGAUGUGUAUUUAGGGUCUUCCUGCCAUGUCUUGUGACUGAUGUGUAUUUAGGGUCUUCCUGCCAUGUCUUGUGACUGAUGUGUAUUUAGGGUCUUCCUGCCAUGUCUUGUGACCCAUGUGUAUUAGGGUUGUUGUUGUAUGCAAUACGUCGUGGCACUAAGGAGCAGUAGCUUUAAGUAGUUGACCUUAUUUGUGUUUCAUUUAUUAGUAUUUUGAUGGGACACACAGUUUAUAAGCAGUUUUUUUUUAUUUCUACACCAUCCAGGGUUGAUUUACCUAUUCAUAUGUCUUUUUGAAAGCUACAUCUAUGUUAUGCUCCAGGCAGAUUCAGUGUGAACAUUGUCUGUAGCACAGUAAUGCCUGUUCUCACCAUGGGUGUUACCUUGAAUACAUGGACACUCCCCCACAGUAUAUUGCCAUAGCUUUUCCCCUAUUUUCUUUGUUGUUGUCAUAUUUUUGUUGUCUCAAUGUUGUUUCAGUCAACUUUACUUGCUUUAUUGAGCAAAUCGUCAGCUUUGAUAGACAAUUUGAAGGAAUGCAUGUAGUCUCCUCAAACUUUUAUACCUCAGAUACAUUUACGUGUGUAUUACAUCAUUGAAUAACAAAUUUGUUACUGGUAUUGUAAUAAGGUAAAUGACAACUUUGUGAUUGUAGUCUGCUUUAGGAGAUUUGAUAAGUAUUGCUUCUUUUCCACAGAAAAAUUUGAGAACAUUGAGACAGAGGUGAUAAACUUCAUAAAUCAACUUUUAAUAAAAACUCUUCUUUGAAGCCUCUGUGGCUCAGUUGGUUAGUGUGCUAGCACAGCGUAAAGACCAAGGAGCCUUCACCAAGGCGGUCGCUUCCUCUUCAGCCUUAAGUGGGAAGGUCUGUCAGCAACCAGCAGAUGGUUGUGUGUUUCCCCUGGGCUCUGCCCGGUUUCCUCACGCCAUAAUGCUGUUCGCCAUUGUAUAAGUGAAAUAUUCUUGAGUACGGCAUAAAAGACCAAAUAAAUAAAUAAAUAAAAACUCUUCUGAUAAUUAUGUGUCCACAAGGUGCUAUAACCGAGGCAUCAAUUUACUAAAAACGUUACGAUAAAUAGGACUUAUUAGUUUUGUGAAGGUGGCUUUGGUGUGUGAAUGAGCCUGAUGGUGUGUAAUUUGCAGUAAAGCAGUUAUUCUUGUCUUACCGCAAUUGCCCAGGUCGCACCUGUCAACCGUCUGAACAGGGAACCAAGGGCAAUCAUUGGUACCUCUCCAGCCUGUGAAAUAGUGUAACAUGUAGUCUGCUGUAUUGAAUUCGUACUGUCUACACAUGUUUUGUUUAAAGUAUUUAUGUUCAGCAUCUGUUCAUUAUUUUAUAUUGUACUAAAUACUAAUGCUUAGUAUUUUCCAGUUUUUUUAGUUAUUCACUUUUUUGACAGACACUGUUUGUAAUAUUACUUGUGAUGUUUAUUUAUGGAUUACAUUUUUUAGUUAAAUGUCAGCAGGUAUAUAUGAGUUGUUGUUGUCUUUGAAUACUCCAGGUGCCUGUUUACAAGUAAGCAUCCCGUCGGUUCAGCUUUAACCUUUGCACAAAUGAUAUAUUUACUUCAUCAGCAUGAUGUCUGGUACCUAUAGAGUUUUGUGUAUUGAUUAUUUUUAUAGAGGUCUGCUUCUAGUCUCCAUCUGGUUCCAUAGUUGCUCCAUUCACAAUAGUUGUGUUUGUUCUAAUGUAAGCUGUGUUUUGGCUGAUACAUCAAAUUAUUAUUCUGUGAGUCAUGAAAACAUUUUUAUUUUUCAGUAUUGUUCCUUUGUGCAAUAAAUCUGGUGAUAUGUUGUUUUUUUUACAUACAUGUAUGCAUAUACUAACUUUCUUAUUGUCUGUUACAUUUGGAUGAUUGAUGUAAUUUCUACUUAUGUCUUUAGGUAAUUUGUUGCUUUUAUGUGUUCUUGUGUUUAAUGCAUUUUCUAUGCAAACCAAGUGGAGCAGUGAAAGGUCUUGUGAAAGAACUUGCAAGGAAUGGAGAGAACUCAACAGCAGUGCUGUCUCUUGUUGGAUAGCCGCACAUUUUUCUGUAGCAUAUGCAUGGCUAAUGACCCCCGUCUGUCAUCAGCAGAGUCCUCAGUAGUUUUGUCUUAGAGUGUGUAAUCGACUUGAUUUAAGCUUACUCUGCUACCUCAUCACUGAUGAAGGAGGACAACACCAUGCCUUAUUCAUUAAUACCUGGUUUCUAGAGUUGUGUGUAAUUGGUUAUCCUAAAAUCUGUGACAAGAUCUCGUUGAAGCAUUUUUACUCCAGCUAAAAUACUGCAAAUGGCUUGUUUCUGUCUCGUGAAUGUGUGGCACAGACUCGCUCAUUCUGAGCUGUUAAAUAAGAAAAGAAAAUUUAAUAUCAAGUGCCCUUUUUUUCUACAUGGAACUUAAUAAAACAGUUUUGCUUUGUAUAUUGUGUUCCUCGUGUUUUUUAGUUCUGGAUAGGUUGACAGAGCAGCUAUGCAUCAACCUGAAUUCUAACAAGACUCCAAACACUUAAAGCAAUGAUGUGCUCAAAUUGAUAACCUAUACACAGUUGCUGUCCUUGUCAUGAAGGCUAAGACGGUUCCAUCUUGCUACGGUAAUAAAAUAGUGGGGACUGAGUUGUGCUGUCAGAUCGUUUGUUUUCUUCAAAAUUGGACAGCUCCCAUUUUCUGAGG